AUGGGGCAUCCAACUUCUCUAACUUGCACUUUAGUGACAUUGCUGAUUAUUUCUGGAUUAAACUGCGGAUCUGAUUUUAUUGAGAAAAACAGACAGAAAAGAGAGCUCGGUCAGGAACAGCCUCGCAUGUCCUCCGAAAGGGGCCAUUUAGUCUUCCACACUGGAUCGGCCAAAAAUAUUGAAUUCAGAACUGGAACUCAGGGCAGAAUAAAAGUGAAUGAAGAAGACCUCGCGGAGACCUUUAGCCAGAUCCGAAAGAAUAAAGAUGAGAUUCAAGAACUCAAAAGAAUCACUAGCAUCCCUCACAACGUUUCCAGUCAGAUCACUCAGCUUCAUUCCAAGAUUGUGAAUAUUGAAGGCAGACUUCAAAACCUUGAACAGACAUUUUUGAGAAAAGCCUGUAACAGCAACCCCUGCCAGAAUUCCGGAACCUGCAUCAAUUUGCUAGAUGCUUUCUUUUGUCUGUGUCCCAACAACUGGCAGGGACCACUCUGUUCUGUCGACGUUAACGAAUGCCAGAUUUACAGCGGGACACCUCUAGGCUGCCAAAACGGAGCUACCUGUGAAAAUACCCUGGGUAGUUACAGCUGCACCUGUAUGCCUGAAACCUACGGACAUCACUGCGAAUCAAAAUUUGACGACUGCCAAGCAGGCUCUCAGGCUCUUUGUGAACAUGGCGUCUGUAUCGAUGGGAACAGAGACCAGCCCCAUCAGCCAAAGUACACCUGUAACUGUGAUGCUGGCUGGAUGUCACCACCGGGGAGCCCUGCCUGUAGUGCCGAUAUCGAUGAGUGCACCCUCCCGAAACCUCCCUGCUCACUGAAUCCUCCAGUACAGUGCUACAACACUCCAGGCUCUUAUUCCUGUGGUCCUUGUCCAUCAGGUUGGGAAGGAAAUGGCUACAACUGCCAGGAUAUUAACGAGUGCGAGUCAGCUAACGGAGGUUGUUCCACUGCACCAAUGGUUCCGUGUAUCAACACAUUGGGAUCCUUCUAUUGCAGCCAUUGUCCACCAGGCUAUGAAGGCGAUGGAAAAGUGUGCACUCAGGUUAAUAUUUGCUUAGUAAACAACGGAGGUUGCCAUUCGCUUGCUGCAUGCAUCAGUACAUCAGGCCCGAUUCCUAGUUGUGUCUGCCCAGCUGGAUACACUGGGAACGGCUAUGGCUCAAAUGGAUGUGUUGCGCUAAGCAAUAUCUGCCAAACGCAAAACCCCUGUGUAAAUGGACAGUGUCUUGCUACAGCCUCUGGCUACAACUGUGUGUGCAAUCCCGGCUGGACUGGGGCCACCUGUACAGAAAACAUUGACGAGUGUUCCAGCAAUCCUUGUCAGCAUGGGGGAAGCUGCAAUGAUGGGGUGAAUGGCUACUCUUGCGAAUGCACAAAUAGUUGGACUGGACCCCAGUGCCAGACGCCCCAACAAGCUUGUGGAGGAUCACUUCAGGACCUCUCAGGCUCAUUCAACUACCCUAACAGUCUGGACACUGAGCAAUACGAUCAACAGGUCAGCUGUAAUUGGGUUAUCCGGACAAAUUAUGACAAGAUUCUGCGUAUCACUUUUCCAGUCUUCCAACUGCAGGAAAGUAUCAGCUGCAGGUUUAAUUUUCUCCAGAUUCAUGAUGGAGAGUCAACAUCAGCCAACAUGCUUGGAAAGUACUGUGGAUCCUCUCCCCCAGCAGAGCUUUUCAGCAGUCACAACUCUUUGUAUUUCUCAUUCCACUCUGAUCGCCUGGCUAAUGCAGGGAGGUUUACAGUUCAUUGGGAGUCUCAGCAGCCCGAGUGUGGUGGUGAACUGACUGAUACUUAUGGCUCCAUUAACUCACCUGGCUACCCUGGUAACUACCCUCCCAACAGGGAUUGUUAUUGGAUCCUUUCAACCAAUCCUGGCCUUGUCAUCACUUUUGCAUUUGGCACACUGAGCCUUGAACACCAUGAUAACUGCAGCGAGGACUAUCUGGAGAUCCGAGAUGGCCUCCUCCCUCAAGAUCCCCUCCUUGGAAAAUACUGCAGCACUGGAUUACCACCACCACUUCAAACCACUGGUCCAUAUGGCUGGGUCCACUUUCAUUCCAAUGCCUUCAGUAGCGAUAGAGGCUUCCAUAUCACAUACACAACCGCACCUGCGGACCCCAAUUGUGGAGGAAACUUUACAGACAGCAGUGGGAUUAUCAUGUCUCCCUAUUGGCCAAAUUCUUACCUUAACAACCGACAGUGCAUCUACAUCGUCCGACAGCCACCUGGUGAAAAGAUCAAUCUCAAUUUCACACACCUGGAGCUGGAAAGUCAUCCCAGUUGUUCGUGGAACUACAUUGAGGUCCGGGAUGGUGACACCGAGAUGUCUCCCUUAAUCAGCAAGUUCUGUGGAGAUGCACCUCUUUCCACAAUCGCUUCCAAUAGCAACAGCCUCUGGAUCAAGUUCAAAUCUGACACCUCGGCCCACAGGUCUAGCUUCAGGGCUGUUUAUGAUGUUGCCUGUGGGGGAGCCUUGUCUGGCUAUGGCAUUAUCAGAUCUCCCUAUUAUACCAGGGCAUUGUCUCAUGGCAAGAUCUGUGAGUGGAUCAUCUCCCAGCCGGAAAGCCACAUCGUGAUUCUUAAUUUCACAGACUUUCGGAUCCGUAACAUCACGACCUGUAACUUGGAUUACAUUGAGAUCAGAGACGGCAACAGCAUGAAUUCUCCUUCUUUAGGGAAAUAUUGUGGUGUGACUGUACCAGCUAUAGUUCAGUCUACACGGAAUUAUCUGUAUGUAAAAUUCAGAGCUUCGUCUAUCACCAACCUCGGCUUCCUGGCUGAAUACAAAUCUUUGGAUGCAGCAUGUGGAGGGACUCUCACAGAACCAAAUGGAAUCAUUGCCAGUCCUGGCUACCCAGCCACAUACCCACAUGGUGUCAAGUGUACAUGGACCAUCUUAGUCCAGCCUGGUUACCUCAUCCGUCUGAUCUUCACAACUUUUAACUUGGAAUUUGGUUAUAAUUGUGUCCGAGAUUACCUUGACAUCUAUGACAACAGCACUAUGAAAAAACUUGGGCGGUACUGCGGGAGGUCAGUUCCCCCAUCUAUUACCAGUAGUGGCAACAUACUGACAUUGCAAUUCGUGACAAACCGCAACGUUGCCUCAGAGGGAUUUUCGGUUAAUUAUGCUUCGCUGAAUGCAACUGGAGUAUGUUCACAUGAAUACACUGAGGCUUCUGGUGUGUUGACAUCUCCAAACUAUCCCAACAACUAUCCCAACAGAAUGACAUGCAUAUACAGGAUCCAUGUAGAGAACAACAAACAGAUUGCUUUACACUUUACCAACUUCUCUUUGGAGUCUGGAGCCACAUGUCCCAGUGAUUAUGUAGAACUCAGAGAUGGAGGUUAUGAGACAUCACCAUUGCUUGGGAAAUUCUGUGGCUCAUUGUUGCCUCCAGUUAUUAUCUCCCAUAGUAACCAACUAUGGAUAAAAUUUGUAAGUGAUGUGUAUUUUACAAGCACUGGAUUCUCUGCUUACUGGGAUGGAACGUCAACAGGUUGUGGUGGGACCCUUGCAGCACCUUCUGGAAUCUUUAUGUCUCCCAAUUAUCCCAUGCCCUACCACCACAAUGCUGAAUGCUACUGGCUGCUGAGGUCAAGUCGUGGAAGCCCAUUUGAGAUCCAGUUUGAUGAAUUCCACCUAGAGUCUUAUUCAAGUUGUAUCUUCGAUUAUCUUGCGGUCUAUGAUGGCAAUAGUUCCAAUGCUAAGAUGCUGGGCAAAUUUUGUGGGAAUCAGAUGCCGCCCACAAUACACUCUACUGGAGACAGUUUGUAUGUCGUACUAAGGACAGAUAGUUCUUUGAGAGGUGGAGGCUUCCUUGCUCACUACAAGCAGGUUUGCCAAGGAGUAAGAAUUGCCAACCGUAGCCAAGGCAUCCUGGAGAGUUUAAACUACCCUAACAACUACCCGCCGGAUGCAAAGUGCAAUUGGACCAUCCAAACUACAACUGGUAACACCCUCAACUACAGUUUUACAGCAUUUAGCACUAAAGGAGGAGAAAACUGUGAACGUGACAAUGUAAAGCUUUAUGAUGGGCCCAAUACCCAAUCCAACCUGAUAGGCACUUUUUGUGGCAAUACUGAUCUCCCAUCUGGAGGUACCAUCAGUUCCAGUCUUCAUGUGGUGUUUUACUCUGACAAAAUGGAUGAAUCUACUGGAUUUCAGAUGCUAUGGCACAUAAAUGGAUGUGGUGGAGAACUCUCUGGAACUUCUGGAUCUUUCCAGAGCCCUGGAUAUCCAAACAAGUACCCACACAAUAGGGAAUGUCACUGGUAUAUUCAUACAUCCCCAGGUAGUAGCAUUCAACUCACCAUUGUGGAAUUUGACGUUGAAUACCAUACCAGUUGCGACUAUGAUGUUUUGGAGAUUUAUGGUGGGCCUGAUUUAUCUUCUCCCAGGUUGGCCCAACUCUGUGGCCCAAGAUUGCCACAGAAUCCUCUGCAUGUCUCAAGUACAGGAAAUGCGAUUACAGUCCGGUUCAAAACAGACACAAAUGGGCAUGGAAAGGGCUUCAAUGCUACUUGGCAAGAGAGAGCUGGAGGUUGUGGAGGACUUUUCCAAGCAUCACGUGGGGAAAUCCAUUCUCCCAACUAUCCCCAACCUUACAGCAACAACACUGACUGCUCUUGGGUCAUCCGAGUUGAUAGUGGCCACCGUGUUCUGUUGAACUUCACAGAUCUGCAACUAGAAUUGCAUCGUUCGUGCAGAUAUGACUAUGUCUCAGUAUUUGAUGGUCCAAAUAGUGAAGCUCCACUUCUUAGAAAAGUCUGUGGUCAGCAGCAACCAUCACCCAUCACAUCCACCCAAAAUACCAUGUUUGUGCAAUUUCGCUCCGACCGCACCGUCCAUCUCAGAGGCUUUCGUGCUCAAUUCACCGAAGCAUGUGGAAGUGUCUUAGAAGCUGAUUCAGUUGGUGCAGCAAUUUCCUCUCCUCUGUAUCCAGCCAAGUACCCGAACAAUCAGAACUGUAGUUGGAUUAUUCGAGCCCAGGAGCCAUUCAACCAUGUUACACUGUCAUUUACUGAAUUUGAGACCGAAGACAGAAGGCACAACUGCAGCACAGAUUAUGUAGAAAUUCGGGAGGGCGAUAAUGACAAUGCACCUGUGCAAGGGCGAUAUUGUGGCACCACGGUGCCACAUCCAAUUACUUCUUUCAGCAGUGCUAUGUCCAUCAACUUUGUCUCUAAUAGUGUCGUUACUGCCAAAGGUUUCCAUGCCAUCUUGGCUGCAUCAACAUCUGCCUGUGGGGGCACCUUCCAUAUGGAGAGAGGAGCCUUCAGUAGCCCCAACUUUCCUGAGCCGUACCCAAUGAAUGUUGAAUGUGUCUGGAACAUUCCAAGCUCCCCUGGCAACCGGCUCCAGCUGUCCUUCACAGAAUUUCAGAUGGAAGAAAGCGAAGGCUGUACCAAGGACUAUGUUGAAAUCAGGGAAGGCAGUUUCAGUGGCCAGCUGUUGGGACGAUACUGUGGAAACUCCUUGCCAGUGAAUUACACCUCUAUCACUGCACACAGCCUGUGGGUGAAAUUUGCCUCUGAUUCUUCAGACAGUAGAAGGGGCUUCCAAGCCACAUUUGCUCACUUGUUUGGAAAUAAUAUUGUGGGCAAUAGUGGACAAAUCGCUUCUCCGCUGUGGCCUAGAAAUUACCCUCAUCGCUCCAACUACCAGUGGACAAUAACUGUUAAUGCGACACAAAUGAUCCAUGGCCAGAUCUUACAGAUGGAAAUUGAAGAUUUGUCUAACUGCUACUACGACAAGCUGAAGGUGUAUGAUGGGCCCAACACACACUCUCGUCUCAUUGCAGCAUACUGUGGUGUAACCCCUUCUUCUUUCACCUCUUCUGGAAGCUCCAUUACGCUUCAAUUCAUCUCUGAUUUUUCUGUAAAUGGAAGGGGUUUCCUUUUGGACUGGUAUGCAGUGGAAGUUCCUACAGAUGCUGGAAAUACCAUUCCAAUAGGUGCCUGUGGAGGGUACUCAACAACUGGAGAAGUGCCCUUAUUCCUGUUCUCACCGGACUGGCCCUCAAACUACAGGAAUUAUGCGGAAUGUGCAUGGGUUCUCAGAGCAGCAGACUCAACAGUGGAGUUCAACAUCCUGGCCUUGGACAUUGAGUCUCACCACUCAUGCAACUACGAUACACUUGUCUUCAGAGAUGGAGACAACAGUCUUGCCCCAGUUCUGUCCACUGUAUGCGGCCGUGAAAUUCCUGGACCAAUAAGAUCAACUGGGGAUGCCAUGUUCAUUCAAUUCACUUCCGAUGCAAGUAUCACUGGUGCUGGGUUUAAUGCUACUUACCACAAAAGUUGUGGUGGCUACUUUCAUGCUGACAGAGGUGUGAUCACUUCGCCCAACUAUCCAGAGACCUACCCUCCUAACCUCAAUUGUUCUUGGCAUGUUCUGGCUACUGCUGGUUUUAUCAUUGGUGUCCAUUUUGAACAGCCAUUUGAGGUGCUGAAUGAUGACAUUUCCUGCAGCCGUGGAGAUUAUAUUGAGCUUAGAAAUGGACCAGAUCACUCUGCCCCACCACUAGGGCCCAGUGGGAGGAAUGGACGCUUUUGUGGUAGCAGAUCUUUUUCUACGAUGUAUACGACAGAUAACCAGCUGUUUGUCCAGUUCAAUUCUGAUAGCAGUAAUGGAGGGCAAGGCUUCAAACUGAAGUACGAGGCAAAGGGUCUUGCAUGUGGAGGGAACAUUUAUAUCAGUGAAACCAGCCUCUCUGGAUUUAUCUCUUCACCCAAUUAUCCUGACAAUUAUCCUCUACAUGCUGAUUGCGUCUGGACAAUAAUUGCUCCCUAUGGCGGAGCAGUGGAGCUGCAGUUUGAGGAUCAGUUUGAUAUUCAGCCUUCAACCAACUGCACAUUGAGUUAUCUUGAAUUACGUGAUGGUUCUGACUCCAGUGCACCAGAGAUCGCUAGGCUGUGUGGGAAUUCUCUGCCAGGCAUUCAAAGGUCUUCUGGUUCCACCCUAUAUAUGAGAUUUCGGUCAGAUGGCAUAGACACACGGGCUGGAUUCAAUGCCAAGUAUUCAAGAGCAAUAUGUGGCGGAACAUUGAUGGGACAAAAUGGUAUUAUUGACAGUGUUGGAUUUCCUGGUCAUCACUAUCCAGACAAUUUGCUGUGCGAAUGGUUUCUCCAUGGACCUACGGAUCAUUAUCUCACCAUUAGCUUUGAAGCACUAGAUAUUCAGAAUUCAUCAGAGUGUGCAAAGGACUACUUGGAAAUUCGAGAAAAUCAUGGUUCAGGGUAUUUAUUAGGUAAAUACUGUGGUGCUAUGACACCCACCAUGUUGGACACUUCUAGCAACCUGGCUUAUAUCAAGUUUGUCACUGAUGGAUCCAUCAGUGCUCCAGGCUUCCGGCUGCAUUUUGCUGCUAGUGCUGAAGAGUGUGGAGGCGAACUCCGUGGCACUGCUGGGACAUUUACCUCCCCCAACUACCCCAAUCCCUACCUGCACAAACGAAAAUGCGAAUGGAGAAUCGUGGUGCCCUUCGGACGCCGGGUCACCCUUACCAUUAGUGAUAUGAAUUUUGCAUUCAGCCAGAAUUGUAGUUCGGAAUAUUUGGCCGUUCAUAAUGGUUUUGGUGAAAGUACACCUAGGCUAUCCAAAUUGUGUGGUGUGGUGACCCCAGGCACUCAGGUGAAAUCCUCUGGAAACAAGAUAACAGUAAUUACAGUAACAAGCCAUGAUGAUUCAGAGGCAAGCUUCAGAAUUACAUAUGCUUCUGAUGAAGAUGCAGUGUGUGGUAGACAACUGCUCAGUUCCGAUGGCGGAAACCUCACUUCUCCUGGUUACGAUGGUGUCAGCAAUUAUACAAACAACCUCAACUGUGAAUGGGUCAUCCAAAAUCCACAACCAUCCACCACAACUAUUCACCUCCUCUUUGUAGAUUUCCACUUGGAACAGCAUAUCAACUGCCAGAAGGACUACUUAGAAAUUCGACAAGGGGAUUCUGAUGGAGAGCUCUUGUACAGACUAUGCAAGCCGCCUCAAGUGCCAGUGCUAAUAGCAGCUCCUCAGAUCUGGAUACAGUUUUUGAGUAACGCUGAAAAUACAGACAAAGGAUUCUUUAUGCGUUACUCUUCUCUGGCCUGUGGUGGCGUGAAGGAAGCUGAAAGUGGAAUUAUUUCAAGCCCCAACUUCCCUGGACCAUACAAUAGUUCUAGUCUUUGUUCCUGGCUCUUGAUAGCGCCAGAGGGACGUACCAUCAAUCUUACCUUUGUGGCCUUUCAUAUUGAACAACACAGCAGUUGUGAACGGGACGCAGUCACAAUUCUGAAUGGCGGAUCUCCUAGCUCUCCUAUCAUAGGACGAUAUUGUGGAACUGCGUCACCCGGCACCAUUCAGUCAGGCUCCAAUCAGUUAUUAAUACACUUUUACUCUGACCAGUUUCUGCAGGGAGAUGGUUUCUCUGCAACAUGGACUUCAGAUUCCUUAGGGUGUGGUGGCAUUCUUCAUUCAGAGAGUGGUACCAUCAGUUCUCCCCAGUGGCCACAGAACUUCCCUACUAACAUUAGGUGCUCAUGGACAAUAAUUACACACGAAAGCAAACAUUUGGAGAUCACCUUUGAUGAAAACUUCCAGAUACCAGAUAGUGAUGGACAGUGUCAGAGCAGUUUUGUGAAGGUGUGGAGAGGAAGUGCUAAAAAACAGGAAGAUGCAGUAUUAGCUGUUGGGUGUGGAGAUUCCUCUCCUGGCUCUAUUGUUGCCCCAGGAAACGCGAUGACAACAGUGUUUCAGUCACAGGACAUCCCAGGACGUGGCUUUUCUGCAACUUUUAUAAGCCGGUGUGGGGCAAAUUUCACAGCUCCUUCAGGUCGCAUUGUCUCUCCUAACUUUCCCAGGCAGUAUGACAACAACUUGGAUUGCAGUUAUAUCAUAGAUGCAGGACCCCAGUCCGUUGUCAUCCUAACUUUUCAAAUGUUUGAUUUGCAACCUCAUAAUGCCUUAGAAAAUUGUGCCUACGAUGGAGUGAAGAUCUUCAAGGGGAACACAGUAACUCCAUACCCUGUAAGAACAUUUUGUGGCAGUGAAAUCCCUAAUCCUGUCAGCAUCUUUGGAUCCACCCUAUUGAACUUCUACACAGACUCUAAUACUGCUGGCAUUGGAUUUUUGGCCAAUUAUGCAGUCAUCCCUUGUGGUGGUGCUUUCAGUGGCUCCUGGGGCACAAUCAAGAGCCCUACCCAUUCUUUCACUGAGUAUCAUCAUGAUAUGAACUGUUCGUACCACAUUACUGUUGGAAACAACAAGAUAGUGGCACUCAAAUUCAACAGCUUCCACCUUGAACCCUCUUCAUCUUGUAACAACGAUUACGUUUCUGUGUACGAUGGCCCAAACAUCAUUUCUCCACUUCUUGGGAAAUUCUGCGGCUCAGUCCUUCCUCCCGUUAUCAAGAGCUCCUCAAAUGUCUUGCUCCUAGUGUUCAAGACAGAUUCCUACGAAGCAGCCGGCGGGUGGAAAGCAUCUUUCAGAGAGACAAUAGGUCCCGAGCAAGGUUGUGGUGGCUACCUGAUGAAUUCAAGUGGUAGCUUUGGUUCUCCAGACUCCAACAAAGACGGCAAAUAUGACAAAGAUCUAGAAUGUGUGUGGACUAUAGUUGCACCCAUAAACAAGUUGAUCAACCUCACCUUCAACACUUUUCUACUGGAAGCACAGUCUUGGCAAACCUGCCGAUAUGACUAUGUCAAACUGUAUGAUGGUAUUAAUGAAAAUGCUGCUCUAGCUGGCACAUUUUGUGGUUCCAGCAUUCCAGCUCCUUUUCUUUCUACUGACAACUUCCUGACUAUUAAGUUUGUCACUGACACAACUGUAGAAAGAAUCGGUUUCAAUGCUACCUAUACUACUGUGGAUAGACUGUGUGGAGGUAUAUAUAAUGCAACAUCCAUCACCCAAACUGCAACAUCGCCCUACUUUCCAAAUCCCUAUCCUCCAUUUACAUUCUGCAGAUGGGUCAUUGAUGCCCCUCCUGAGCAACAGGUCAAAGUAGUAGUACAGAAUUUCCACCUCCAGGCCAGCCAAGACUGCUCUCAGAAUUAUCUAGAGUUCCAGGACUCACCCCUGGGCAAUCAAGAACAUGCCGAUCGCGUCCACCGAUUCUGUGGCUCUGAAAACUUUGCCAUUCCUGAGUUUUAUUCUUAUAGGCGAACUGGCGUGGUCAUUUUUAAAUCAGAAGCCUAUAUGAUUAAUAGUGGGCUUCUCUUCUCUUAUCAAGCUUCAGGCUGCAACAGAGAAUACAAUCAGUCCUUUGGCUAUCUGAAAAGCCCAGGCUGGCCUGAUCCCUAUCCUCAUAAUUUGGAUUGUACCAUUAUUCUACGAUCCCCACCGAAUCACACCAUCUCUCUCUUCUUCCAUUCUUUUAACCUAGAGAACUUUGGAUGUCAGCAUGACUUCUUAGAGGUCAGAAAUGGUAGUGAUGCCAGCUCUCCACUGAUUGACAAGUUCUGUGGAAACACCUUACCCAAUCCAGUAUUUCCUAAAAACCACGUUCUAUAUCUACAUUUCAAAAGUGAUGUCCUAAUUUCUCAUGAAGGAUAUGAAAUUACCUGGACGUCAUCACCAACCGGCUGUGGUGGUACCUUAUAUGGGGAGACUGGUUCAUUAGCCAGCCCAGAAUAUCCAGGUUCUUAUCCGAAUCGGACAGACUGUGAGUGGACAGUCGAAGCCCCCAAAGGAAGGGUUGUUACAGUUAACUUUGCUUUCAUAAGCAUUGAUGAUCCAGGGGACUGUACCAGCAACUACCUGAAACUCUAUAAUGGACCAGACACUAGCUAUACACCAAUUGGACCAUACUGUGGAUUGGACACAAACAUUGCUCCAUUUACAGCUACGUCACAUCAAGUGUUCAUAAAAUUCCAUUCAGAAUAUGCAAUGCGACCAUCAGGAUUUAGGCUAACCUGGAACUCCUAAAA